CUCUAUAUAACCCGCCCCGAGACGGUCAGGAGGAUCAGGGCGAGGUUCAGCUUAACAGAUGCUGGGAUCCAUUGUUCUACUGACAGCGAAGGAACAAGGACUUAGGUCGAUCCAGCAACAGACACAGCCAUGGCUCUGAGGGGACCCCGCCCCACGUUCCUGCUGACCUUCGCCCUGCUGGCUGCCUGUGUGGCUCUGACCUUCGCGAAGAGGUGGAACCUGCUAAAUGACAUAUUCCGGAAAGACCAUGUGGACUUCCCCAAGACACGCGCCAUCAACAACAACGCCUACUGCAACAAGAUGAUGUGGGACCGGGUGAUGUACUUGAAAUACACCAACACCUUCAUCCAUGCGACAGACAAGGAUAUCAACAAAGUCUGCACAACGGCUGGGUUAUCCACCGGGCCCUACCGGUACGAGAGCACGAGUCCCUUCAGCAUCACCACCUGCACAUUUAACCCCUGGAGCAUCUCUUACACCGGGAUCAGCGCAAAACAAAAAAUCGUCAUCUCCUGCUUGAAUCGUCUCCCUGUUUUCUAUGUGAAGAGCACAUAGGGCCAGCGCUAGGCAUGGAGGGUAGGCAGGGGACCCUGCUGCUUCCUCCAAUCCUGCUCCGGCUCCUUCAUGACAGUCACACCUAGCUCCUCACCUACCUCUGAACACUGGACAAAUUGUACAGGUGUUUCAUCUCCUCACCUUCUGCUGCCCCUAGUGCCCAUUAUACAUAUAGCCGCUCCUUCC